UUCCAAGUAUCCAGCCAUUGAAUGUCUGCUCCAUUUCUUAGACUCAAACGGCCACUCGGGACCACCAUUUCCGUAAUCUAUUUCUCUGUUACACUUUUAUCCCCAACUUUUUCCCACAAAAAAAAUUCACCCAUUCGUUUUUCUUUUCUUCUUCCAUCGCUAUAAAAGAAGUUACCCUUUUCUCAGUCCUAGGGUUUUCCUUUUCACAUUUCCUUUAACAAACCCUGCAUUAUAAUGGUGAGGAAGCUUUGUUUUUGUGAGUUCAUUCUUCUCUGUCAUCUAGUGCUGUCUCUUGUUGUUUUCUCCAAGAAACAUGGAAACCCUGCAAAUGAACUUGUCGACAUCAUUAACAACAACCGAACAUCUCAAAAACUCCCAAAACUAAAGGACAGUCCUGGUCUGGGCUGCAUGGCCUUGCAAUAUGUUGAAUUAUGCAAGGGGAACUGCAGUAAUGGAAAUGCUGUGAACUGUCAACCACCAGAAGAUGACUUCACAGAAGUUUUUGCUCCCAACUGUGGUGUAGAGCUAGCAACUGUUGGCACCAUAACAGGCCACAUUGUUGGUUGUCAAUCGAAACAUGUUGAGCCAUCACUAGCGUUUUCAAAUGUUCUGGUGAAAGAAAAAAAAACUUUAUCUCUUGUGAGAAAUAAAUCACAUACAGAGGUAGGAGUGGGGUUAGUUGGGUAUCAUAAACGUUUUUAUUGGUGUGUUUUAUUUAGUGAUGGUGUCACAAACUCCACAUUUGUUCUGGAAGAUCAAGGUCAAGGGAUUAAACAAAAGAAAGGGUGCUUCAGUGGAAGUACAUAUCCAUGCAGUGGUGCUGGAGCAGAGAAGACAUUGUUUUUUAACAACUAUAUAAUGACCAUGGUUUUCUUAUGUUUUUAUUUUCUACAAAAUUGUUACUGCAACUUAGUGUGAGGGGAUAAUAACACUGUGAAAAAGGUCCUGUAUAAUUUUUCAGCUUUUUAUCAGUUUUUUGAUGAGUAUGAAUCUUUGAGAUGGUCUUGACCAUUCCCAAAACCACG